AUAUUUUCCCUCGAGUAUACAAUGCAGAAAUGAAUAGCAUGAAUAUUGACAAUAUGUCAAAAGAGAAAUAAGGUUUAUAAUUUUGAAGAUAUUAAUUAAAGAUAUGCAUCUUUGAAAUAAUUUACCUGAUCGGUGAAUAUCUAUUUGAUAGUUAAAUGUUACAAUUCUACAUUUAUACGUCAGCAUGACGAAUCUUUCAACGACAGCCAUCACAAAAAGCCGUAAAAAAUCGAUCGUAUCGAUACAAGAGGGGCAGAAAAUGCAGACAGCACUCACUACAGAUGAGUUAGCAACAGGCAUAAGGUACGAUGACGUGUACAUAUCACCGAGUCAUAUACAAUUCAAUGAAGCAUUCGAGGGGGUUACGUAUCGACAUCGUAUUACUAUCAAGAACAUCGGGUAUAAACCUGCGCUUAUCAGAAUUUGUCAGCUAAAUUCCAUAGCUUUUCAAGUGAAAACUUUGAAAAGUGGUAUACGGGUGAGUCCUGGAUUAAGUAUAACAACAUAUGUGACUUACACGUUCAAACAAACGUCCAUAUCACAUGCAAUAAUUCCCAUCGAGAUCAACGGAAAGGUUUUCGAUUAUCACGUGGUAUCUAUCUUAGCCACCGAACAUAUCAGCAUCGAGCCGAAAUCAAUAGACUUUGGUACUAUCGACAUUGGCUAUUCGUCCGGUAUAAAAAUAGUAACAAUCCGUAAUGAAGGAAACAAAAGCACCAGAUUUUCGAUUGAUCUCGGGCAAAAUGAUCUAGACUUAGCAAUAAAACCUCUUCGGGGAAGAAUCAAACCGCAAAAAGAAGUAGAGCUUCAAAUCGAGUUAAUGGGCGUAAAUGAAGGCACUUUUUACAGCGAAUUUUGGAUUAAAUCUAUUCCCAAUAUCCGCGUUCCCAUCAAGGUGAGCGUCAUCGUACCGAAAUUGGUAGUUUAUCACCGGAACGCAACCGGAGAUUUCACUCUCAUCGAUUUUCCACCUACGGUAGAGAAUACCUGUAGAUAUGAUACCUUCGUCCUGCGUAAUCUUUCGUCUCGAGCCUCCAGUUACGUUGUCCUCGGUGAAGUCGAUAACGAAGUAAAAUGCAUUCGGGACAUCGAUCGCAAGCAAUAUCCGACUUAUAGUGUCUUUGAAAUACAUCCGCUUGAAGGGCGAUUAAAUCCAUUUCAAGGUAUCAUCUUUGAAGUAAAAUUUUCGCCAAUAAAUAUAUUACCGCAACAGAGAAAGGAACAAGAGCAAAGGCAAUGGACGAAACGUGCAAAUAAAUAUCCAAGUCGGAAGAAUAGCGAUUUCAUGCAGUUUAUUAGAAUAGUCAGGGUACAUUGUACAGAAUCGGAAGAUGUCAUCAGAAUUGAUUCUGUAAAGGACAUCGCGAUGGAUAAUGCAUUGUUACAAAGAAUUUACUUACAAAAUUCAAUAAUCGAAACUUCAUCCGUGUUAAUGUCCUGCGCGUCAAGUACUGAUUCAGGAGUCUGCGACGUGAUAAAGCUUUGUCUUUCCGGUGAAGUGGAAGCGAUACAAUUGUAUCUCGAACCUGACAUUCUCUAUUUUGGAGACUUAAUUGUCGGCCAGAUAUCGCAGCGCGUGCUUCGUCUGACAAAUCCCUCCGCCGUUGCGUCGAUAUAUCUAGAAUGCGCGCCGAAUUCAGCUGCACACUGUUGUCCGAAUUGGAUGAAGCUCAAGCCGAAAACGUCGAUCGAAGUUCUUGUUAAAAUUUGCGGCAAAGAGAGCAUUGAGCGUUCCUUCAAGUUGUUCUUCAAUGUCGCAGCAGAUUCUUACGAUUCGACCGCGUCGAAAAAAUGCAUCGAAAGAAUAAAAGUUGGAUGUUACUUCGUUGAAUGUACGGUGAAUAUUAUAUUCAAGUCCCAGAAGGAACAAUUAAGUAAAAGAAGCUCGCCAAAGAUAAUAGUGGACGAUGACGACGAGGAAAUUAUGAAACGCCUUUUACGCAUACCCAAAUGGAAGAUGUUAUAUAAGGACUAUUCGAAAAUAAUAAAUAGGUUUGACGGAAACGUAAGAUCUCCGCUCGAGAAAUCGAUUUUCGCCACCAACGCAGCUGUACUGAUACCUUUAUCGCCUUUACAAAUAUACAAAGUCCGCAUUUAUCCAAGCACCUUCACCUUUGGAACGGUAGCACCGAAUAGCUUCAACUAUCGUCGUUUGACUGUAAAGAACACGAAUGACAUGCCAGUGAUGAUACGAUUAAUAAGCUUCUCAACCAAGUGCAUCCACUUUCCGGAAGGUGACUUCAUGAUCUUGCAACCGGACUCGACGAUGACAAAAUUAAUCGAGUAUUUUGCGGACGGAGUUGGCAAGUUUAACGGAUAUAUCAAUUAUGUGAUUAAUGACCAUCACUCUUUCGAGCUCAAUAUUACCGCUUGCAUCGUUCACAAGCAACUGUAUAUCGACAAAAAGGAGAUUGAAUUUGGGAAGGAGUGGUCGAGAGGAGAGGUUUAUCAACCAAUGGCCUCUGUUGUCCAGAUUACAAAUAGAUUGAAUGCGAAAAUACGUUUCAGGUGGGAAGUACUAGCGACGUCUGGAUUCCACGUAGAACCGAGAUCGGGUUCCGUGCGCGGUAACUCUGCUUUACACGCUUACGUGUACUACGAGUACAGUAACGCGAGGGAUAAUUACGCUCAAGCGAUGAUGAUAUGCGAGAGCGGAAGUCGCGUGCCUCUGCAACUUCGCGCGCCGCGAUUUGCGCCGAGAGUCGAAUUCGCGAACGGCAACGCGAAUCUCGGAGAGAUACCUCUCAAUUUGCCGACGAAGGUGAUCGCCGUUCUCCAGAACUUCGAAUUCAACGAGAUGACGUACGAGAUAGAUAGCGAGUCGCUGAUACGCGGUUGCAACGUUAAUCCGCUGCGAGGGAAAAUACCGCCGCGCGGUAUCGCGAUUCUCGAGGUGUACCUUACCCUCGACGUUUGCUGUCGCUUUACUACCGUAAUUGCCGUUACGAUUCAAGGGUGCCUACAGUUACAGUAUAAGAUAAGCGGCAACGUAUCGUUUCCGCGAAUGAAGCUUCUGCCGCAGCGAAUAGGCAUAAAACGCCUCAGCGUCGAUGCCCUUCAAACUCAUCAGAUAACAGCCACGAACGUUGGAACAACGUUAUUGAAACUGCAGAUUUUGUUGGAAGAGCAUCCCGAAUUUCGCGUUUCUCUGUCGACAAAUGACAAGAGCUCGGAAAUAAGUACGGAGGAGAUAACCAUCGCCCCAGGUGCGAGUCAGAAUCUCUAUCUUCACUUUCAACCGGUCGAUUUGGCCAGCUACGCUUUCUAUCUGCCGAUCGUGAUAAAUCAACUGCUCGGUCCGGUAUCGAUGCUGAAUCCCAAGAGCGUUCGACCGAUCGAAUUUCUGAAACCGCAUGAAAGUCAUUACGCGCAUUUACCGGGCUUUGCCAUGACGCCGCUGCCUGAUAAGCUGCCGACUAUAUCUAUCGAUUAUACUGUGGCUGGCCACGUUAUUGUCUUCAGCAAACUUCUGUUUCGAUUCAACGCUGCGACAAACGAACUGUCCGAUGAGUUGUUUAUAGAGAAUCGGGCGACGCCGAGGGAUAUAGUUAUGUCGAUAGAUAUCGAAGAAUUGAACAAAACUGAUUGCCCGUUCGCCAUAGAGUGGUCUCGCGGCACGGAGAUCAGAAGAACGCCAGAUUCGAUCGAGUGCACCCUACGUCCCGGCGACGGUGUCUUCUUCGUUCUCGAGUUCAGGCCGAGGAAACGCGGCAGCUUUAGUGCGGUAGCGCCGAUAUACGUUCGCGGUGAGCUCGACGACGGCGUCUUCAAUAAAUUACGUCUCGACGGCGAGUUCCCCGCCAGUUCGAUCGACGUCGAGCCGGCGGAGAUAUAUUUUACGCCUGUUCCACUCGGCACGGCGGCGGAGGAAAAGUUUAGGAUCCGCGCGAGGCACUUUGAUAACACGACGUUUGUACGGCCGAACUUUUUGACGACGCCGCGAUGCAGCGGCGAUUACAAAGACGAGUUGUUACGCGUCGACUUUCCGAACGGCAACGUCGUCCCUCCCCAGUCAUACGUGGAACUGGAAGCAAGAGUAACGUUCAAGAGCGAUCGACCAGUGUCGUUUUGCUUAACUAUUGAAUUCGCGGAUGAUGAGCAUCUUGCCGGGUGUUUUUUAACGGUAUAUGCAACAGCGGAUAAUAAUUUGUUAACGACGUACAUGCAUUUCAUGAAGUCCAGCUUUGAUAAGACAUACGCCGGAUAUUCGGAGAAGCGCGUCUCGUGUCCAUCAGUAUCAUCGGACAGCCUGGACGAGGACGAUUACGACAAUGGAGAAAUUCCUUAUACACACAGAUACAAUGAGUUAUUCGAAUUCGAGCCGAGACUCAGCAUUACGUCGCAUUUUGGUAAUCGAAGAAGAAGUCUUGUCAAUGAAACGACAGAUUCGAGAGUACAGUGGAAGAAAGAAAUAAAUAAUAAUGAAAUAGACAAAAAUAUGCAAAUAAAUGGAAAACGGAUGUCGAUUCGUAGAAGAUCUUCCGUGUUUUCUGUUGCUUUCGGAGCAAGGGAUCGCAGAUACUCCGAUAAAUUAUUGCACCCUAGCUAUCCCGCCGACAGUCGAAAUGGUGAAUACGAGAAACACGUGGAGAGAAUAAUGACGAAUGUGGAAGAAUGGAUGUAUUCGGGGCCAUUGGAAUUUCGUUUUUAUCCAAACAUUCCUAAUGGCAUUACGGCAGCUUUUUCGCACUUCCGUACGAAGAAAAUAUCACACGUAGGAAAUUCUAAACAGGAAAGCAGCUCGAUUAUGCUGUCAUUUAUCGAUGUUCUCGAAUCGCUCAUGGGACCAAAAAUUCGCACCUAUUUAGGAGAAUUAAGAUCGAAGCAGCUGUUACCUGAAAAUGACAUCGAAAGAAUCGGUUAUGUUCUCCAGCUGUUUAAUAAGAUGCUCGACUUUCUUCUGUCUCAAGGAGCGUAUUUAGUCCACGUUUCGCCGCAAUUUCUCCUCAAUUACGACGACUAUUUAAUUAGCAUUGACAUCGUACAGAGUAAUACACGAAGAAGAAAAAAAUCUUUCAAUACGAACUGUGUACCACGCGAACGGCUGUCGCAACAGUUAUUCGAAUCGCGGAACAAGCAAUGUUGGUUGGACGUAAUUUUGCAGACGUACAAGUGUUUCGUGCUCCGCGGAAUACACGAGCACAAAUUCUGGACGUCGUCGUCCCCGCGUCCCUCGAGGAGAUCCACGGUGUAUCGGGAAUCGAUGGUAUCGUCUGUUUCGAGCUUGCCGAGGCAAUACGAGCUCCACGAGAGGGCCAUUCAGAGUAUCGUGAACUCGUCGGGCUACGAACUCGCUCCCGAUGAUCGUUGCUCGGAAGAAAAGUUUUUGCUGGCUUGGCUGCGAUAUCAUUACGAGCAGCAGCGCGUGCGAGAUUGGAUGACCGAUCGCCGUGUAAUUUUGAAUCCGCGAGAAAAGCAGGAUGUGGCCGAGCAACGAGCGAUUCAAAAUUUUCAUCGUGAUUUGUCGGACGGCCUCGUGUUAAUCGCAGUCACCGCGGCCUACUGUCCCUUCCUCAUCGACGAGUGCUUCAGCACUUUGUACAUUUGCCCGAAACACAAACAAGAGAUGCUGCACAAUGCUAUUUGCCUAGUCACUGCUUGGAAGAAAAUACGACUUGGCUUCAUGAUUACGCCGAUGCAACUGAUUAAUCCGAAUCAAGUGCAAAUGUUAAUGUUGGUUGUCCAUCUUUUCCAAGCUUUGCCGACGUAUGUACCUCGCGCCAAGAUCAAAUUUAACUGUCCGCUGUCCCAAACCGUAACGAAGCAAAUAAGCGUUUCGAAUCCUACGGAUAAUACUGUAAAUUAUUUAUUGUUGCUCGCGAACGAUGUCAAUCAGUUUUUUACCAUCCUGAAACCCGUGUCGGGCUUACAUUUAAACGCGCACGGCAGCGGCCAAAUACAAAUACAGUUUCAUGCUAAGAAAAUACGGAAAAUCAGAGCGUACUUGGUGCUUUGCGGACGGGCUAUUGGAUCACAUUUCGGAAGAAAUCAAACUAUCGUCUUGGAAGGUGAUAUCGAUAAUCUUGGAAUUGCAAGCAAACAUACGGUACGCAGCAAACUGUACCAGAUCGUCGAGACAAAUCUGAAAAUCGAUGUACCGUAUCGAAAUGCGGCAGAAUACGAUAUAUGGAUAACGGACGAACGGCCGAGCCAUUCCUCGAUCCUAAAAAUGACACGAUGGUGCGAACUGCGAACAAGAAAAAUACCAAGAAGGCUUUUCCUGAAUCAGGACUCGAUAGUCGUCGCUGAGGAUGCAUCGGAGACGCAUUUAUCGAUCAGUGUAGCGUGCAUCACGCCUAAGCAACGAACGUUUUGGUUGAUUUUCCGAGCGAAAACGGGUGACUUUAUUAUUCAAAUAAAUUCCGUUUGGCAAACGUCGGUCAAUGAUCACAUCGUUGUCGAGUGGUCGGCUCAAGGAGAAUGCGUUUGCUCAAAUCAGCGAAGCGGCAUCAAGGAUACUUGUUCGUUUAACAUUAGCGUACCCAUACCGUCCUGCAAUGUUCAGCUGCGGAGAUGUGUAGCCGAGAUGUUUCGAAAAACUCUCGACUCGCAGGAACGUCUGUUCUGGUCUAAAUAUUUGAAUACCCACAUCGAGCUACGAUUAAUAAAGUGGUUGAUGGGAGGUGACACUGAUUCUACAGCUCUGGAAUUUGUUCAUGUCUUUAACACUGCUGUAACGUAUAAAGUUACGAUUUCGGAUAAAUCGAGUCCUCUUACUCUACCAGAAAGUCUCACUAUACAAGAUGUGAGGUCAUCCAACCAGCAAGUUCCAAUGACCAUGCAUAUUCUACCAACGACUCCUCUAUUGUACGAAACGACGAUCACUCUCACAUCUUUGGAUGAUAAAGAACUUCGAGUAUACACAAUCAACUGCUUACGAUCGUAAAGCGUAAUCGCACAUCAAGAAUCGCGAUAUUAAGUGCCAAAUGAAAUGCCCGACCGUAUAUCGCCUGAUAGAUCAAAGACACUUUGAAAACUACGAUGCGCCAUUUAUAGUUAGUAUAUAAUCGUUACAAUCGAUGUAACGUUAUAUGACUCACAAUAAACGUUGUAAAAUUUGUA